AUGAUGGAGGCGGGGAAAAGGCCAGGCGGCGGCCGCCGCGGGGUCUUAUGGGAGGGCGCGGCGCGAGCGGCGGCGCCCCUGGCGGCCGGAGGGCGAAGCGGCGCGGCGGCCGGUUGCCGGGGCAACCGCGGGAGGGCGGCCGCCAUUUUGUCCCCCGGGCCCUUCGAGAUAAGAGUAGGGGGAAGCAGCCGGCCCUGCCCGCCCUCACACCCCGGCGCCGGGAGCAGGGCCCGGCCUGCACCGCCGUGUGCUGCUGCCUCUGUCCGGAGAGCGCUGGGGCAGACGCUGGCAGAGCGGGAUGGGGUCCUGUCUGGAACCGCCGCUGAGGCCUGCAGGGAUGAACUGCAGUCGUUUUGCUGGGAGAUGCUGCACCAGAAGGAGCCAGCUCUUGGGAAUGCUGUGACCGAGCUGGACGCAGACUUUGAGGCCAGUUUCCAGGCUGCGUGGCAGAAGCUGGAGCAGCUCUGCGAGGAGGCAGUGAGAGACAACAAAUGUGCUGAGAAGGAGAAAUGCCGGGACUCUGAAAGAGGCAAAGUGGAGAAGACCAAGCGGAGCCUGGAGACCUCCACCAAAGGGCGGCAGGAAGGGUCAUCUAAGAGUGACUCUUCCAAGAAAACUAAAGAGAAGGGGAUUUCUGGGAGCUUCAGCUCUUCCGAGAGAAAGCGCAAAUUCUCUCAUGUGGCCAAAAGAUCAACUGGCUUUCCCUCCCUUUUGGGGGAGGAUGAAAAGGAAGAGAAAUUUCCACUACCCACCAUGUCCUUUGAGGAGUACCUCAACUAUGACCAGCCUCAGAAAAAGAAAGUGAAGAGAGCGGUCAGAGCCUCUGUGUCGGCGGGGAAAGAAGAGCACCCCCGUGUCGACAGCUCCUGCUCCUGUCAGCCCAGCCCCAGCCGCAAGCGCAGCCAUGAGCAACGGGGAGAGCAGGAGCCACCAGAGGCUCCUGAACCCAAGAGGAUACUUCUCAACGUGGACAUAAAGCUCCCAGAGAUCCCCCUGCCGCCGAUCCAGGCCCGCUGCAGCCCCCUUCCUGCUGCUGAGUCCCCUCCCUGCCCCCAGAAGAAAAGGAGAGCGGCUCCCUCGGCAGCUGAAGAGCCAGAAGGGGGUUUCCCAGGCUGCCGGGUCUAUUCCAAGACCCCGGUGUUUUCGGGCCUUAACACCGCCCGAGUCCCAAGGGCUCCUUCUCAGCAGCCUGUCCCAGGGGUCACCAACAACACUGCCUGUAAGUACCUUUCCUCCAGCACUGGAAAUAGGGGGAAAUGGAGCCUUGUGCAGGCACUUCUGCACUGGGAGAGACUGCCAUCUGUCAAGCGGGUGGUGUCUCUGUGGUGGAGCCAGCGUUGGGGAGAUGCCCCCCAGAGCAGCUUUGUGGCACGGAGGGACGUCACCAUGUGA